AUGUCCAAACUAGCCGUCAUCAUCGGCGUCACCGGCAACCAGGGCGGUUCUGUCGCCCGGCGCUUCCUCCAGGACCCCCGAUACCGAGUGCGUGGUAUCACUCGAGACCCCGCCUCAGCCAAGGCCCAGGAACUAUCCUCACAGGGCAUGGAGAUUGUCAAAGCUGACCUCGAGGAUGUCGACAGCCUCGUUGCAGCUUUCCGUGGCGCCAAUGUCAUCUUCAGCGUUACCAACUAUUGGGAGCCCUUCUUCCGGCCGGACCAUCGACAGGCAGCGGCUGAUGCGGGAAUUUCCAUCCGCCAACAUGCGUAUAACGUGGAGUACCGCCAGGGCAAAAAUAUUGCCGAUGCAGCUGCUGUGGUGGUCGACUCCCUGGACGACAAUGGCUUCCUCGCUUCGACGUUGAGCCAUGGCACCAAAAGUAGUAAGGGUCUGUAUCAAGAACUGUACCACUUUGAUGCCAAGGCAGACAUAUUCCCAUAUUAUGUAGAGGAGAAAUGGCCGCAACUCGCAGCUAAAACAUCGUAUAUCCAGACUGGAUUCUUCACCCGGAGCUACAAUUUCGUACCCACGGCAUACUUCCAAAAGCAACCGGAUGGAACUCGCCACAUGCUGUUCCCAACUGAUCCUGACAGCCUCAUCCCGCACCUCGACGUCAACCGCGACACCGGCAACUUCGUCUAUGCCGUGUCCAAGAUGCCGCCGGGGAAUCACUACCUGGCCGAGGGCACCACCUGCAGCUGGUCCGAGUACAUCCGCCUCUUCACUUCCAUCACGGGAAUCCCGGCUCAGUACAAGCAGACCACGUUGGCCGGUAUGAUGGAGGCCGUGCUAGACCGGGAAUUCGGCCGCGAGGUCGGCGAUAUGCUGCUAUACUCGACGGAUCCUGGGUAUGAUGGCGGUGACAAGACGAUUCUUAAGGCUACUGAUAUUCGAAGGGUGGGUUCUCUUUCCUCCGUGAUUAAGAGAAGAGAGAUUUCAACUGACUUCUCAGGCUGGGAUCGAGUGCCCAAUGACGAGCCUCGAGGAAUGGAUGAAAUUGGAGGAUUGGUCUGCUCUUAG